AUGCUGCCAUUCACUCACUCGCGCCGCUCGAGCUCCGUGCUCGCCUUCUUCAUCAUCGCCAUCCUGUUCCUGCUCUGGAACCAUGAGGAGGCCGCAGCGCAUUUGCCUGCGACCAUUUCCGAAUUCACCCCCACCGUUUGGUCUGACUACCUGUCUGCCGGCGACGUGGCCCCGCUUGUCGGUACUGCCAACGCCACGCUUGGGUUCGACGCCAUCCUUGCCGUCUCCCCGCGCGAGACCUGGCGCUCUGCCGGCCUGCAGGCCGCUGCGCGCCGUACGAACCUAUCCAUCACAAUCCCGGCACAGCGACCACCCACCGAUGCCGAGGUUGCGGCCUUCGUCGCGCGUAAUCCAUCGCACAUACUCAAUGACGGCUCCGCGAAGGCCUGGCUCGGCCAUCUGCAGGUCAUGCAAGCCGCCCGCAACUAUUCGUCCGCCCUAAUCAUGGAAGACGAUGCGGACUGGGACGUCCGUAUCCACGAGCAAGCGGCGCUGGUGGCCGAGGCGGUGCGCAAUUUGACGGUGCCGCGAACUGAGACGCGCGAGUGGCCGUGGGGCGAGGAUUGGGAUGUGCUGUGGCUGGGGCACUGUGGAGAGAGGCUGCCGUAUGACGAGGACGACGAGCCGGGCGAGUUGAUCGAGACGGAAGAGGUCGAGGUGGUGACUGAGAAGGUUGUGACAGUGGCAGCACCGGACGAGGGUGCCGAGCAGACCCCUGCCGCCACCGAGGCCCAGCAACAGAAGGAAAAGGAGAACCUUGAGGCCAAGGUCAAGGCACCGACCAGCAGCACGGAGGAGAAGAUGCCACUAGUGGAUAAGAAGGUCAAACGGCUGCCGCCGGGCGAGCUCCCCGGCGAGGACGACUACAUCACCCUAUAUGACCCGACAUUGCCGCCGACCAUCGGCUCGUACGACCCCCGUAUGUCGGGCGACAGCGAGGACACGCGGUGGGUGCAGCACGCGGCCGGGCCCAUCUGCACCUUUGCCUACGCCGUCACGGGUACCAGCGUGCAGCGUAUGCUCGCCAUGGAGCACGGCAACGAGCAGGCUUUCGACUUGUGGCUCCACACCCGCUGCCGCAACCGUGAGCUGCGCUGCUUCACCGUCAACCCGGAGAUGUUCCACCACCACAUUGCCGCAGGGUUGCCGUCCAGCCUCGUGAAUGAGGGACAGGUCGGUAGCGGUGGGAAGAACUACACAGAGAACAUCAUGUACAGCGCCCGCUGUAAUUGGAACAAGUCGGAUGAUAACCUGGUGAGCUGCCGGCACGGCUGA